GUUUUAAUAACGACAAGUGAGCUUUGCAUAUUCAUUUAUUCACAUCAUAUAUUCAUAGAAGUCAAACAAAAUGGAAGAGGAAAACAAAAUUGGAGGGGGCCAGGCGAUAAAGCGAUGUUGUAGUUUCCAUUGGAGGGGUAAGGCGACCAUUCUCAUACCUCUUUUUCUAUUGCCUGUACUAAUAUAUGGAUAUCAUGACAACAAUCCGGCCUACAAGUGCAUGUUCCUUGUGAUGGUUAUGGCACUGUAUUGGAUCACCGAGGCUAUACCCCUUUAUGUUACUGCUCUGUUUCCGGUGGUUUUUCUGCCAAUAUUUGGUAUUUUGCCCUCGGAGACCGUUUGCCCCUUUUACUUCAGUGACACUGUGGUUAUGUUUCUGGGUGGCCUACUGAUCGCUUUGGCCAUCGAAUACAGCAAUCUUAAUCAGAGAAUCGCUCUGGUGACUAUUCUAAUAGUGGGCUGUAGUCCAAGGCGUCUUCACUUUGGCUUGGUCAUAGUGACUUGCUUUAUAUCUAUGUGGAUCUCGAAUUCGGCGGCUACGGCCAUGAUGUGUCCUAUAGUUAAAGCAGUUCUUCUCGAAAUGGAAGCGCAAAAUGUGUUUACCAUUUAUAAAACCCAGGAAGAAGAGCCAAUGGAGGAAGGAAGUUCUCCACACCCAUCGACCAUUGCAAUGUCCUUUUAUUUUGGAAUCGCAUAUGCCUCUUCGAUUGGAGGCUGUGGGACCUUGAUAGGAACAGGAACAAACCUUACCUUCAAGGGAUUGUAUGAUACGAGGUUCCCAAAUUCUGUUGAGACACUGGACUUUCCGAUAUUCAUGGCUUAUGGCACACCCUUUGCGAUCGUGAUCAUCCUUUUAACCUAUAUUUCACUGCAAAUCACCCAUAUGGGUCUGUUUCGGCCGAAGAGCCAGGUGGGAAUGGAGAUCAAGAGGGGUGCCGAGAAUAAGGAUGUCGUCAAGGCUGUGAUAAAGGAGCGAAAAGCCGAACUUGGUCCCAUGACCUGUCACGAGAUCCAGGUGACCUUAGUGUUCAUAUUGAUGAUUAUCCUGCUAUUCACGCGAAAUCCGGGCUUCAUUAAGGGCUGGGGUGACUUCCUGAAUGCAAAGAAAAUUAAGAGUGGACCACCGGUAUUUUUUUCAGUGCUUUUGCUCUUCGCCCUACCAACUCAGUACACCUUCUUCAAGUACUGCUGCGGCAAGGCUCCCUUUCCCGGGCAGACGUUGGAUUCCUGUCUCUCUUGGGUCUAUUGCCUCAAGAAUACGCCUUUCGGUCUUUGCUUUCUUUUGGGUGGAGGAUUUGCCUUGGCCGAGGGCAGCCGGGUAAGUGGAAUGGCCAAAAUGCUGGGAGACUCGCUGUCUUUUGCCUCAAAAAUGAACGAAGUACUGGUAGUGGGAAUGUGCGUUUUGAUCUCUUUGAUCUGCACAGCCUUUGCCUCUAACGUGGCCAUUUGCAAUAUUCUCAUACCGAUCUUUUUCGAAAUGGCCUUGGCCAUCAAAGUGCAUCCCUUGAAAUUGACAUUCCCGUCAGCUUUGGCCCUCAGUUUGGCCUUCCAUCUGCCAGUGAGCACUCCACCGAAUGCAAUCAUAGCCGGUUAUUCGGGAAUGAAGACAAAAUAUAUGGCUUUAGCUGGAAUUUUGCCAACCUUUUGGUCCUUUUGGUGUUUGAUAUUCACCGGAAGCGUCUGGACAAAAAUUAUUUAUCCGGGUACCAAGAAUUUUCCCAAAUGGGCCAAUUGAACAAAUAAAUAUAUAUAGAAGUGUAUAAUAAUA